AGAGCGCUACUCUCUUCCGUUAACCAGUAGAGAAAAGUGUGUUACUGUUAGUGGUGACGAACGAAGUUCAGUCGGUAGGGAGAAAACAUUGUAAGAAUAGGGUGAUCACACUCUUCCGUAUGACAGACGGGGCUGUUAUAUUCUACCAAAGCUUACUUUUAUCCCCGGAACUUUCAAAGACAUUAAUACAACAAUGGCGAUGGGUAAAGGGUUUCGCGUCUACGAAAAAUUAAAGCCACCUAGUCCUCAUUCUCUUAUAUUGGAACAACGAAAUCGGAAGGAAACUGUUCUUUUCGAAUCUCAAGCAGUCGCUGUUCUCUCUGCUGAAGAAACAGAUACUUUGAAAUGGAAAUACACAAAAUUAUUAGAUGCAUAUGGAUGCUUAGGUGUUUUACAAUUAAAUGCUGGUGAAAAUACUUUAUUGUACCUUGUUCUUGUUACUGGCUGUUUUUCUGUUGGUAAAAUAGGAGAAUCAGAGAUAUUUAGAAUUACACAGACUCACUUUGUACCACUUCAUUACACACAAGGUAAUGAGGAUCGUGCAUCUGAAGUUAAAAAAGUACUUAAUUCUGGUACAUUUUAUUUUUCUUGGUCUGCUGGUAAUCAAGAACCUCUUGAUAUUACUCUUAGUGCACAAAGACGAUGUAAGUCUACAACAACUGACAACAGAUUCUUUUGGAAUCGAAUGUUACACAUACAUUUAUUAAGGUAUGGUGUAGACACAUCCCACUGGUUGCUUAAAGCAAUGUGUGGUAGUGUGGAAAUUCGAACUGUAUAUGUUGGUCAUAGACAAGCUCGUGCUGUCCUUAUGUCAAGAUUAAGUUGUGAGCGUGCAGGCACAAGGUUUAAUGUCAGAGGAACUAAUGAUGAUGGUCAUGUAGCAAAUUUUGUAGAAACAGAACAAGUAAUAUAUUUAGAUAAUGAAAUAACUUCCUAUGUCCAAACCAGAGGAUCAGUUCCUUUGUUCUGGGAGCAACCUGGCAUUCAGGUUGGUUCUCAUAAAGUGAAAAUUUCUCGUGGUUUUAAUGCUUCUGCACCAGCCUUUAAUAGACAUUUGAAUAUGAUCAAACAAAGGUAUGGGGAGCAAGUAAUUGUUAAUCUUCUUGGAUCUAGUCUAAUUGGAAACAAAGAAGGAGAAGCAAUGUUAAGUCAGUUAUUCCAAACUCAUCAUAGCAUGUCAGAACAUACUGAUGUACCUCACAUUUUAUUUGAUUACCAUCAAGAAUGCAGAGGUGGAAAUAUGAAAAACCUUUCUAAAUUGAAAGCAAAAGUAGAAAGAUAUUUAGAAUCAUUUUCAUUGUUUUACGCAGCCGGUAAUACUGUCAUUUUUGAGCAAACUGGAACUAUUAGAACAAAUUGUCUCGACUGUUUAGAUAGAACAAAUUGUGUGCAAACAUUUUUUGCAUUGGAGAUACUUGGCAAACAACUUGGAUUAUUAAAAUUACUCGAGAAGCAACAGAUGGUUUCACGAUUUGAGGAAGUAUUUAGACAAAUGUGGAUCAACAAUGGUAAUGAAGUAAGUAAAAUAUAUGCUGGUACUGGGGCAAUACAAGGAAGUUCGAAGUUAAUGGAUGGCGCAAGAUCAGCAGCUAGAACAAUACAAAAUAAUUUAUUAGACUCCAGUAAACAAGAAGCUAUUGACAUCUUGUUAUUGGGAUCAACUUUAAAUACAGAAUUAGCGGACAGAGCUCGAUUACUUUUACCGUCAAAUAUGUUACACGCACCACCAAGCGUUCUUAGAGAAAUGUGCAAAAGAUAUAAUGAGUAUGUAACUACAAUGAAUCUCAGAGUAAGUGUGGGUACUUACAACGUUAAUGGAGGAAAGCAUUUCCGAAGUGUCGCGUAUAAAGAUGUAUCCCUUUUGGAUUGGUUAUUAGAUGCUCCGCGAAAGCCAUUGUCCUUAGUAUCAGUUGAAUAUGACAAUGUUCCUGUAGAUAUAUUUGCAAUAGGAUUUGAAGAAAUUGUUGACUUGAAUGCUAGCAAUAUAAUGGCUGCUAGUACUGAUAAUGCAAAAGCUUGGGCAAAGGAAUUACAGAAAAUACUUUCCAGAGAUACUGAAUAUGUUCUGGUCACAUAUCAGCAAUUAGUCGGUGUUUGCCUCUAUUUAUUCAUUCGGCCUGAGCAUGCACCUUAUUUAAGAGAUGUAGCUGUAGAUUGUGUUAAAACUGGAUUGGGAGGUGCAACAGGAAAUAAAGGAGCUGCAGCUAUUAGAUGCGUAUUAUAUUCUACGUCUUUUUGUUUUGUUUGCGCACAUUUCGCUGCUGGACAAACUCAAGUUAAUGAGCGUAAUGCAGAUUAUGCGGAAAUUACGCGGAAAAUUGCCUUUCCUAUGGGAAGAACAUUGAAUACUCAUGAUUAUGUAUUUUGGUGUGGUGAUUUUAAUUACAGAGUUGAUAUGGAUAAAGAUGAGAUGAAAGACAUGAUCAGAAGGAAUGAAUUUGAUCAAAUAUUACAGUAUGAUCAAUUGAAGGUCCAACAGGACCAUGGAAAUGUUUUUAAAAACUUUUUGGAAGGUCCUAUUACUUUUGCUCCAACAUAUAAGUAUGAUCUCUUUUCUGAUGAUUAUGAUACUAGUGAAAAAUGUCGACAACCUGCAUGGACAGAUAGAGUAUUGUGGAAACGCCGAAAACAAGUACCUGAUAUUGAUUCUCCUACAGAUUGGAAUCAAGGAAAAUUGAUCCAUUAUGGUAGAGCAGAAUUAAAACAAAGUGAUCAUCGACCGGUUAUUGCUAUUAUCGAUGUAGAUAUUCAUUGCGUCGAAUAUGAAAAACGUGAACAAGUAUUCAAAGAAGUGAUUCAAGAUUUAGGUCCACCUGAUGGCACUAUAGUAGUAAAUGCAGUUGAAGAGUUGGAUGAUAUGGACAGUGUUUUUGAUAAAAGUUUCAUGACUGCACUAGUGCAAGAUUUUUCUCUUAUUGGCGAAGUAAUCCUUGUCAGAUUCGUCGGUGAAACAAUGUGGGUAACAUUUAGAGAUGGACAAUGUGCUUUGUCAGCAGCAAGGAAAGGUAUGACUCAAGUUUGUGGUCAAACUUUAAAAUUAUCUUUGAAGUCACCAAACUGGGUGCAAUUAUUUGAGAAGGAAAUAGAACUUUGCAGUAACACCACAGUUGCGCAAUUUGUUUCAAAUUCUCCAAUAAGGAGUCCGAUUCAAAGAUUAGAACAGUUAGAUAUAGGAGAACGACCAUGUCCUAGUAGAGGUAGUCCAAAUGGAGUAAUUCCUCCACCUAGACCAGCUCCACCCGGUCGACCAACUCAACCACCUAAAAGUCCAGUACAAGAUCGAAAACAGGGACCACGUGCUGGUGUAUUUAGUGUACUGCCAAAACAUUUCCCAACGCCAUUAUCCAGAGAAAGAGUAGAAUCUGAGCAAAGUGAAAGGUUAUCUCCGGAAUCUGCAAUUUAUGAAGAAAUAUUGGAUGGAUCGCCUAAUUACCUUAUACCAAACCGUCCACCACCGCCAUUACCUCGUACGGAUCCUUCGCAAGAAUCAUCUAGUAGGCCACCUAAUUCUAAACCUCCCCCAUUACCCCAAAGGCAAGCUCCUCCUCCUCCUCAACAUCCACCACCUAGUUUACCCGCGUCGAACGUCCCACCACCAAUUCCAGCAAGGACAUCAGGUGGACCACCUAUUCCAGCUAGAAAUCCACAUUAAGUAGUGGUUUAUAUAAUUCUAGAGUUGUUUUGCUAUGUGUUAUUAUGUAGCUAAUUAUUUAUAAAUAUCGAUAGAAAUUAAACACAGAAUAGAUCGCUUUCACAAUGUUCUACAGUUGUGUAGCAUAUUACAAACCUCAAGUCUAUUCUAUAAUUAGUCAGACUCAGUUAUCAAGCACUGUAAGGAUUUAUGCUUCCCGUUGUGCACUUUCCUACAAUAAUUUACAUGUAAACAAAUUUGUUAAAUACCUCAGAGAUUUAACUAAACACGCGCGCGUGCGCGCACACACA